GGGCAGUUGUGGCGCUGGACUCACAGCGAGUAGAGUGCGUGGUUUGUUUUCAAGUGCCUUUUUAUGUACAGAUAUUUACCAGACUUUUGUUUCGCACUAUCAUUCCAUAAUUACAAUUGUUAAUUGGCUGUCUGUGUGGUGGAUCAUACCGAUUAAAGUAUUAAGAGGACAUUUUAGCAUUCAGUUGGUAUUCGGGAAUCUCAGGAUCAGGAUGCUGUUUCUCUGGCUAUUCCUGUUCGCGCUUUGUCCUCUGUCGACACGGCAACAGAAUCACACUUCGACGUAUGUGACCAAAGCGGGAUGCGAGGCUCUGAUCAAGGAUCGGAAUCUGUGCGAGUGUCAAGAUGGUGAAAUCAAGUGCGAGAAAAUCCAAUUGAAUAGUGAUGCCAAAGAGUUGUACAGCAUUAAUUGCAAUGUCUUUGAUGUACGCGGCUUUGGCUAUAUACCACCACUUCAAGUGGGCAAAAUCAGCAAGUUGUCCAUCAACAAUUGCGCCCUGCCCAAUGCCCGGAGUGUCAAAGAACUGAUCACUACUCUGGGCAUCACCAACUACACAGAACUGGAGAUUAACAACUUCUUCGACUUUAAGAAGAGCGACAAGGGCGAUGUCUUGCAACAGCGUUAUACCAAUCAGCCAGGUUUGAAGAAAUUAACCAUUUUGGGGUUCAAGUCUGCCCUGCCAGCGAAUUACUUUGAAAAUCUCUCGGAAUUAAAGGAUCUGAGUAUGCAGGGUAGCGGCGAUCUUCCGGGCACUAUACUCUAUCCCCUGACCAAGUUAACCAAAUUAAAUAUUGUGGUGCGAAAUAUGCACAAAGUGGCCAGUGAAAUAUUCUCGAAGCAAACGAAAUUGAGACAUCUAACCAUCCAUUGUGAUGUGAAGAACAGCAGUGUGGAAAUGUCCACCUUUGCCUCUCAAGAACUGUGGCACAUGCCAGAGCUGCAGUCCUUUGAACUCUUUCAGUGCGGCGAUAACAUACCAGCUGAAAUGUUUUGGAAAUCCCAUGAAUUGGCCUACCUAAGCAUUCGUAGUAAUAUCAGUUAUUUGGGUCGCGAGUUCCUUAAGGCCCAGCAGAAGCUCUUGACCCUGAAAUUGGAACGCAAUAAUAUAGCCCGUCUGCCGGAUCAAUUGUUCCAUCAUAGUCCCAUGCUCUUGGAAAUACACUUGGCCUACAACAAUUUGGAUCGCAUUCAGAGCGGACUUUUCGAUAAGUUAAAGAAUCUUCAGAUAUUGAAUCUCGAACAAAAUCCUAUAACUACUAUAUCACCGACUGCCUUCACAGCCAUACCCAAGGCUCACAUCUAUUUGGGGCAGUUGUAUAGAGUAGCCGGGAAUGCGGAUUGGGCACGAAACACAAAUGCCACCAUCUGCGAGGAGGAAUAUAUCUAUGGUGUUUGCAUCUACUGUCGACGUGAUGAAUAUCUAGAUCACUUCUCGGACAAGGAGAUCUGCAAUAAGCCGACCAUUAAAUCGAAGGAUGUUAUCAUUCAAAAGAAAUACGAUAAUCGUAUGGCCGCAGGCCCCACACACUCUUGGAAGAAGCCAGCGAAAUAUCCCCAACUAAAUAAAGAUGACAAGUAAAUGUUUUACUAAAGGAUUCCAGAGAACUGCAUUUAGUGACAUUUAAUAACAAUUUUAAACUCAAAUACGCAUUAAAAUGUAUCGAAUUAUAAUUUCUCGUUCUAAAUAUUUUAUAUUUUAUGUCAACAACAUUUUUAAAUCAAAAUAAAUCAAUCUAUUUAAAUACAUUAGA